CGCACUAAGAUACUCAGUUCCAAGUUUGGAGCUUUUAGCUGCCAGCCCUGGCCCAUCAUGUAGCUGCAGCAGAGCCUUCCCCAACGUUGCAACUGUUGGAAAAAUCACUCUCCAGUCUGUUUUGCAAGGUGUGCAUUUUCAUCUUGAUUCCCUGAAAGUCCAUCUGCUGCAUCGGUCAAGAGAAACUCCACUUGCAUGAAGAUUGCACGCCUGCAGCUUGCAUCUUUGUUGCAAAACUGCUACAGAAGAGAAGCAAGGCAAAGUCUUUUGUGCUCCCCUCCCCCAUCAAAGGAAAGGGGAAAAUGUCUCAGUCGAAAGGCAAGAAGCGAAACCCUGGCCUUAAAAUUCCCAAAGAAGCAUUUGAACAACCUCAGACCAGUUCCACGCCUCCUCGAGAUUUAGACUCCAAAGCUUGCAUUUCUAUUGGAAAUCAGAACUUUGAGGUAAAGGCAGAUGAUCUGGAGCCUAUAACGGAACUGGGGCGAGGUGCGUACGGGGUGGUGGAGAAGAUGAGACACGUGCCCAGCGGGCAGAUCAUGGCGGUGAAGCGGAUUCGGGCUACAGUCAACAGCCAGGAGCAGAAAAGGCUACUGAUGGAUCUGGAUAUAUCCAUGAGGACAGUAGACUGUCCUUUUACGGUCACCUUUUAUGGCGCACUCUUCCGGGAGGGUGAUGUCUGGAUCUGCAUGGAACUCAUGGACACGUCACUAGAUAAAUUCUAUAAACAAGUGAUUGAUAAGGGUCAAACCAUUCCAGAGGACAUCUUAGGGAAAAUAGCGGUUUCUAUUGUAAAAGCCUUAGAACAUUUACACAGUAAGCUCUCUGUCAUUCAUCGAGACGUCAAGCCUUCUAACGUGCUCAUCAACACGCUGGGCCAAGUGAAGAUGUGUGACUUUGGAAUCAGUGGCUACCUUGUAGAUUCUGUCGCUAAAACGAUCGAUGCAGGAUGCAAACCAUACAUGGCCCCUGAAAGAAUAAACCCGGAGCUCAACCAGAAGGGCUAUAGUGUGAAGUCUGACAUUUGGAGCCUGGGCAUCACCAUGAUUGAGUUGGCCAUCCUUCGGUUUCCUUAUGACUCCUGGGGGACACCUUUUCAGCAGCUCAAGCAGGUGGUCGAGGAGCCAUCGCCCCAACUCCCGGCAGACAAGUUCUCUGAAGAGUUUGUGGACUUUACCUCACAGUGCUUGAAGAAGAAUUCCAAAGAAAGGCCAACAUAUCCAGAGCUUAUGCAACAUCCAUUUUUUACCCUACAUGAAUCAAAAGCAACAGAUGUGGCAUCUUUUGUAAAAGUGAUUCUUGGAGAUUAAAAACAGUGGACUCAAUCAGAUGGCCCUCCUGUGGAUUGGUGGGUUUACGGGGUGAAGCAAGUUCACUAAAGCGCCGAUAGAAACUCAUCUUUGAGAUAAUUUAAACCUUGCCUUUCAGAAGGUUUUUUUUCUCUUUAUUUUCUUUCCCUGCC